ACGCACCAAAAAAAAGGGCGCUGUCAUAUAAUUCAAGUUAGUUCUUCAAGGUUCGUGCAGACGCGCAACCGAAGAUGGUCUUUCCUGUCACAACGUCGUCGGGCACCGCUAAGGGUGCGCCAGCCUUCCAAUCCGUGCUUCCAGGAUCAAAUGACAGCAGUUCUUCGAAGAGCCAUGGCACAUCAAAUUCCCGGAUCCAGCGAAUACUUGACGCUGCAAAGCGCCCGAAAAGCCGGGAUGGUGGAGGAGGAGCUGGAACCGCGAAGAGGGCGGUCGUGAGUGGGGAACAAGGGGUCGUCAAGUAUGGAACUGUGGACAAAAUUACAUCUAGCGAGAUUUUAACAACGAAGCUGAAGGAAAAGCAGGCAGGUGCUUCUAGUUUUCCCUACCCAGCGCCGCCCCCUCCUUCUUCUGUGGGGAGCAGCUACAAGACCGGUGGAGCGAUGAAGCCGUCCUCUGCAGCCAAGCCAUCAGCUGGAGCUGCUGGCUCCUCUUCCGCAACAACUCCCUCAACGAAGAAAACGACCCGUCCGGGAAGCCGGGAUCAGAAAUCCAGCGGUUCUCUGCGACAUUUUAUGUCUGUUUUGUCGUCCGGGUCCGGGAUGCUAGGAAGUGCCGCCGCGGCAGGAGGGGGCUCUGCGGGCAGUAGAAAUGCUUCUUCCAGCACCACCCCCGGUCAGAAAAGUAAAGCCGGAGCAGUGGUGGAGGCGAGCAAGGUGGACAACAAAGAGCAAGGCCGAGAAAGAGCAUCUUCGUCUGGCGUAGUCGGAGGUGGAACUACCAAGAAGAUUGCGCAGCUCGAGCCGCUACUGGUCAUACCGAACAUUUCUUCUGCUGCGGCUGGUGCGAAGAAGGGCCAGGGGUCUUCAUCUUCUUCGUCGAAGGCUGGAAAAAAUAGGACUAGCACACCGAGCGAAAUAAAUGUGAAGAACCCCAGUCCUGCGGCACUAUUGAAUCUGCUGAAAUCUGCUUCCGGCAGCUCCAGCACGCCAGUGCCGGCGCCGAUAGCAGGAACAAAUCCAACAGCAGCCACAACUAGGAAUAAAGGAAGUGCUACUGCUGCAUCGCCGGGACCCCUGCUGCAUAAAAAAACUGAAGACGCUCCUCCACCUCUCUUUCCACCCGCAAAGGGAAGCAGCACUGGCAGCGGCGCUUUAGAAAACAAGACGCAUGAGCAAUCUGCGAAAAGCAGCAAAGAAAGCAGCGUUCAACCCCCUGCGACGCGGCUGCCGAGGCGGCCGCGGUCGAGCAACCAGAAGAGGCGAGCGGCGUCGUCGAAAGACACGUCGUGCUCAAGUUCGUCGUGGAAGGAAGACGAGCUCCACGCGCCUUCUGUGCAGGAGGGGGAGGGUGCGGUGGAAGUAGAGGAGGAGGUAGGGAAAGUGGAAGAGGAAAGUACACAGUUGAUGUGUAUAGGUGGUAAACCGGCGACCACUACAUUACCGCCUGCUGUAACUCCUGCCUCCACCGCAGCCACGACCGGCGCCAAGAAAAUCGACGAUGCGGAUGAAACCACGAAGGACACGUCUGCAACAAGUUCUCCCGGAGCAGCUGCUGCGCCGUCAGUAACCACCGCUGCAACAGGCUUCGCGUUUGCGGAUCGCGUGCUCGCCGCGUAUUCCACGGCAAGGCCGAGUAGCGCAGGAAGGGGGAAUGGGAGCCGGGGAAGGAGCAGGAAGCCAACUGAGGAACAAAUUAAGGAACAGGCAGCGUCGAUGGCCUCAUCCUCUGCCAGCACUGGGGAAGUCGAAGUAGAAACAGAGAUCAAAGGACAGGGGCAGGUGGAGCAGUCUUCCAAAAUCAAGUCCCUGAUUCCAUCCCUUGACUUCAAGAAGGUAGCCGCCGUCGCGCCACCGGUUCCCGAGAUUGUGAUGCGGACGACGGAGGAAAGACAAAAAUCAAAAACGCAGCAUCAAGUUACUGCUGGUGCUGAACCCGCCACUUCAUCACCGACCGAAGCCGACGUCGAGCCUGACGUUGCUGUAAAGACCAUGUCAUCGAUGAUGAGUCAGGAGGAUAAAAAACAAAAAACCACCUCAGUCGCGACGACGCCGCACGCAGUGGCAACUGCGAGUGCUAGUACGGAAGAAGAGAAGGUGGUUGGCCUUGGCGCGAGCACGCACGUUGAAGAAGCAAAGAAGCCAAAAGAUGUAGUGAAGAAGGCUGAUGGAGGAACUUCAAAACCUUCAAAGCCGGUCCGCGAAGCCUUCAUCGACCAUUUCCCACCACCGCCUGCGGAUCUUCAUGCGGAAUUGAUGGGCAGCAGCAGUGACUCAUCGCCUCUGGGAAAAACAUCCAGAGCUGCGGAAGAUGGUCCAGCUGGAGUGGUCACUGGUGCUGGAGUCUCAUCUUCAAGCGAAGCCGACAAGAAAGCGGAUGAACUGAAGAUCGAGACCGUCACGACCGAGGACCUGCAGGACCGAAAAAUAGAUCUAGUUCUCGGAACUGUUCAAGAUGUUCUUGUGACUGAGAAUACUGGAUCUGCAAGGAGCAUAGGGAGCAAGGUACAACGACGGGAUCUAGCGAGGACACCAUCUUCAACUUCGACACCGCCGAAGGGAGCUGCUGGUGCAUCAUCGGCGUCGAGGGCAAAGGGAGCUCAGGAACAUCAAGAACAUGAUCAACAACAAGUCGACAAAGAUGAUUACAACUCUCAUAAUUCUGCUUCCGCCGGUUCAAAAAUAAGUUCGUCCCGAGUCAACAGUCUCCCCGGGUCGGAGCAGUACGACUCGAUGCUGGACUCGAUGCAGUUGUGCGAGAUUGUGGAUCCGAAAACCGGAAUGCCAAAAAUCGUCUCGAAACAGGAGGCAGCGAAAAUCUACGCGACUUUGAACAACAACGCGUCCUCCGGCGCUGGGGUCCGAGGUGGAGCGGGCUCAUCCGUCAUGCGAACACGCGCGGGCACCGGAGGAGCAGGUGGGAGUGCUGCUGGAGGUACGACUUUUUACACUGUCGUGCAAUCGACAACGCGAGUUCUACUUUCAUCUCUGAAUAAACGUGAAAGUGCUUCUACAUAGAUCCAAUCAUCUAAACUUGAUCCAUACAACAGCUCGCGCCAUCGCCCUGACCGCUGCGAAGCAACGCGAACUCGCCUCGCGGCAGCGCGAAGCGACGGAGCGGCUCGCGCUGCCGAUAGCGCACCAGACCAAGCGACUCCAGCUCGGGACCACCACGGAUUCGCGCCCCGGAACACCCGCCUGGGUGAGUAAUCUCGUGAAGACCUCGCGAACCCGCGAGGAGGCCGCGCGCCGGGGCGUGGCACCCUCGCCGCCGAACGGUCGGCGGAAGAAAUGGGACGAAAGCAGCCGGGUGGGCGGAAACAAAAAGAGAAAAUACCCGCCCGGAACGCCUGGCGGAAGGUGCAGGUCGAGCGGACGGAGUGGCUACGGUUUUUCAAACGCGGAAAGGAGCCGGACGCCGACGUAUUCAGGGUCGAGGAUUGUCAAUUCCGCUGGUGCUGCGAUGAAUAGCCGGGGUUUCACGUUUUACUCCGUUGAUGCCAGCCCGAAAAGUCAACAUUUUGGUGGCGAAUACUACAACCAAAUCGCUUCAGGUAACAAACUCCGACUGUGUUGUUUUUGUCGUGCGAUUUCUUGCCACGUUAUUGCGUACAUUUUCAGGUUUUCAUAAUUUCCUUUUGUAGACUGCAUGAAUGAUUUCGAGUCAUCUUUAUUUCUAUCGUCAUUACGUUUACCUUGUUUACCUUUACGUACAAACUAAACCCAGACAACGCCUACUGGGUGCCUACCGCGGAAGAGAAGCGGCGGCAGGUCGCCUGGGAGAGGCACCACGCAGCGGAAGAGUCUGCGCGCAAGCGUGAAGAGGAGAGGAACGAGAAAAUUGCUGAGUUGCUCAAGAACCUCGCGAUUCACGGGGAAAGCGUGCGGCCAAAGCUUCCGCUCGAAAACGACAUCAAAGUGGAUGACGUUGGGGCGGAGGAUGAGCUGGAUGAGGUAAAAAUCAAAGUGCUCAUAGUACAAUGAUCAUGUUCAUCAUAAUUGUUUUCUGGCAACAUAGGCAUGACCUCUAGAUCAGCUGCAUCAUCUGUGUGAUGCUCGACUGUGCCUCUGCUCUUGAAAUGACACAUACGUCUCAUUCAGGCCGAGCAAGAGCGCAUCCGGAGCAAAGUCCCCGCGCCGGCCCCACUUGACGUCGAAGUGACACCCGACGACGAAGGAGACAAUGGCACCACGGUGAAACCCCAAGCGACUACAGAGACGGCGGAAGUUGGUGCGAAAGCGGAGUCAACCACAGAAAGCACUGCCACUGCGCAUCAGCCACAGGAAGCCAAAAUGAACCCAGAAGAUGCGAUUACCCCGAAGCCCAUGGGCCUGCAGGAGAAACAAGUCAUCCGGAACCGCUUGCAGGAGGAGCUCCGAGCGUUGGAAGCGGGCGCGAGGGGGGAUCAGCAGGACGAGAAGAUGAAAGUAGGAAAAAAUAACGCCGGCAAGAAAGAGAUGAAAUCAAUGUCUUCAUCGAAGGAGGGAAAAAAAUCAUCUUCCUCGUGUGAUGAAGUUGAAGAGUCCGGAGAUCAUUCCGGGGUGAACACCUACUCGUCUGAGUUCCUGUCAGAAGACAAGACAGAACAGGAGGGGCCUUCAGAUAGAGAUACAAAACUUAAGCAACAAAAUCAAAGUGUUGCUCCUGCUGCUGACGCAGGUACUCUUGACAAGGAGAAAAAGACGAAAAAGGAGGUUGUAAAGGCGCAAGAUAAAAAGCCGUCGUCCAGCAGUAGUUCGUGCUCGCCCGGAUACACGACGCCGGAGGAAGAUGAGGAUGAAGCUUCGUCAGAUUCGUCGCAGAGUUCUUCGUCGUCACCAAUAAACCCGGACGAAGAUGAAGGACCGGCGGACGAGAAGAGAACGUCGAAAACGAAAAACACCAAGCUUGGGUCGCCAAGCAUUCUCCCGGAGAACGUGCAUCGACACCAAAUCGCGGCGGUCGAAGAUCUGGUGGCCCAAGCACGACUGCGGGCAAAGCAAAAAGCGGAGCAGCAAUCAUCGACAGACACGUUGAGCAGAGCAGGUUGGGAGAUUUUUUGGAUUCUUGUUUCUGUGUCACGUGGUGCAACAUGAACAUGAUCGUGUUGAGAAUUUUUUUAAUAUCAGCUUUUGCGUGCUCCUACUCCUUCAAUCUCUGGUCCUGAUAGAUCGCAUUCAUAAUUGACGUUUUAUUUUCCAGGUCCUGAAGACAAGGACGAUGACGACGAGCAGCAUGAGAGCAGUGCCACGACGAAGGGGGAGAACGACGACGAGACCGAGGAGAAACCGCACGAGAUUCCCCUGUACUGUAGAUUUCUGCAGCCAACUGACCCGAUCUACAUGCAGUCGAAGGCGUUCGAUCCCAAUUCGGUAUUUUUGCUUGGGUCUUGUCUCCAUCUGUGUUCUUGUCGAUUAUGUUCAGUCUUCUCGACUACUACAAGCAGCCAGUUCUUUCUGAUGUUGUCCCUGUCAUGCAUCAUUGCGAAAUCUUAUCGUUGUAUGUAUUCUUUGACUUGCCAGUACCAGUACUUACGCAUGUACACUACAUGUUCUGCAACUGCAACUCGGGAUGUUGAACGCUACGCCCCUUGUAAAAAAACCGAACCCGCACCAGGUCCCCGCCACGUCGCUGAUGAAGCUGCUGAAUCAGUCUGGCACCUGGUACCACGAGGAUCCCUUCGACCAACCGCCGAAGGAUACCCGUUGUCUGUGCCGGGAUUUGAACGAAUCAUUUAUCUGGGUGGAAGACGACCUUCCGGAUUCAGAUGACGGUGCGGAGCACGGCGAAUACCCCGAGGGCUUGCCGCCGGGUAUGAGUCCCGAAGAGUACGAGGAGAUGAUGCGCAUGCUAUCAAAUGUAUAAAUGUCUGGGUCUGGAAGAAUGGAAGGCUUGUCAUGCUUGUCUGGCAUGACCCAUGAUGCUUGUAAUGCAUGACCCAGCAUGACAGAUUUUUGGAAAGCUUCCUGAUGCCAUUUCCGCAUGACAAAUUCCCUCCUCGCGUAGCACAAAUGUGGCUCCUCUUGCUGGUCAUGCAAUACAGAUUUUUUUAGAGUCCAAAGUUAGCAUCACAAGUUCCAACUUUCCAGACCCAGACAUUUUUACAUUUGAUACAUGCAGUACUACCACGAAAUGGAGCAGCGCGGGAUGGUAUCAAAUGUAAAAAUGUCUGGGUCUGGAAGAUUCCGGAAUUUGUGAUGCAUCUUUCGUAUGAUCCACGACGCAUGUAAUGCAUGAUCUAGCAUACAGAUUUUUAGAGGGCUUGCUGAUGCCUAUUCCGCAUGAGAAAUGCCCUCUCCGCGUAACACAAACUGGAGGCCUGUUGCUGGUCACGCAAUACAGAUUUUUUUGGAAUCCAAAGACAGCAUGACAAGUUGCAAUCUUCCAGCCCCAGACAUUUUUGCAAUCCAUAGAUGGGGGUCGGCGGGCCGCCCAGGCGCGCGGUGAGUUUCUAACGGUUUGAAAGUCAACAUCAUUUGCGAUUCAAAACUAAAGAUAUGAGUAUGACACGUCUUCGCAGGAGGUCAGACUCAGAUACAACAGAAAUAGGAAUUUAUAGACUUUUUUGUUUGAUGUGGUCCCUGUGGCGAAGGGUGAUAAAGACGGUAGCAUUGAUUUCUAUCGAAAAAAUUGGUGACUAACUACAAAAAUACUUACAAGUAAUCUAUCCGUUUAUUUAAGUCCGUUUCGAGUAAGCUUGCUUGCUUAUGCUUUUCGUUUUCGAAAUAGUUAUGGAGAGGAUGAAGAUCUUGCAGUGGCGGGGAAAAGGCAUAACUGGGAAAGCGAUACUGAAUCCUGAGAAUAAGUGAUGAGCGAGCAACAUGUUGUGCUGUCAGAAGUUCUUGCAAACUCUACGUUGACACGACCACUUGUAGCUGAGCUUUUUCUCUUGGCUCUUCCCGCAGUAGAUUCUCUAGCAGUAAAGAGUAACGGCCACUUUUGCUGGUCCAUAGUUUUUUAGUAGGCGAUGUAAAAGAAGUUUACACUGGAGAGAAGUCUUGAAUAUUGUCCUUGAGUCUAGAUCUACUACUUCUUUAUCUUUUUCGCAGCGAUCGUCAUUUAUUUUGCGUUUCGCUUUUGUUCGUUUUCAGUUCUUAGGCGUUAUUUCUUCGCAUUGCUGUCUACCCGUUACCUGGCUUGAACAAGGAAUUUAACCAGAUGUAUUUUCGCUGCUAUCGCGACUUUGAGCUGCGCGUUUGUUGAUAUGAUGUGCUUUCUUGUGGUAUUUCUACGUGGUGUUGCUGUUGUAUGUUGUUCUCAAGUAUAUGUGGACUUCCUGCACUGUUGUAGGGGCAAUCGAGCUAUUUCUGAAAAUAGUUUUCUGGUCAAUCAAAAAAGAAAGCUAGCAAAGAGUGCGUUGAAUUUGUAUGCUGCAAAGGAGCAUUCUUGUGGACGACGCGAGGAUGAGAUUCACGGCAGUGUUGCCGUCGUGAGGAGGCACAUGAGCAGACCACUUCCAAAAGGUUGGCACGGGGACCGAGGUCGUGCCAGCCACCUCAAAGUCAGAAGUGCCACGCCAGGGGACAGUUUCGUCGCUGUUCU